AUGCAUGAACGUUACGGGAUCAGUUUGCUGCACAAGCAUUUCUCGAUGGAGGCGAACCAGCGGCUCGUAGACUACCGAAACGUCUCGGCACCUUGGACUGUCAACGACAAAGACUUCAUGGUGCCCAAGUACGAAGGCUUCAUUGUCCCUCGAACAUUCAGGUUCUUCAACGGAAACUUGGCACCAUUCGAAUUUGGAUUUUCUUUCUCCUCCUUUCACGGGAACUACGACCUUGAGUUCUUUGAGCGGCUGUCGCGACUCCUUCACGAUCACAACCUUGAGAACAUGCUUGGCGUACGAUUUUUAGACACGUUUGACCCGAAGCUAUCCGUGGAGGUUACCGAGGGCAAGACCAACCUUAUGAUCCCGCGGGGAUCGGUCCAGGAUUUUGAGCUCAUUGAAGCUUUCUGGGUUUUCAGCACGGACGAUAACCAGAGGUGCCAUUGCAGAGAGUUCUGCUGGAAGGAUUCUGACGGACAGCAUCUCGUAGAUCAUCGGUGCUCUUGA